AUGGCGGAGUCGGCGAGUUUUUGCGGCGGCCCGGAGCCGGUGAAUGGCCUGGUCCGUGUGCACCUAGAAGAGGACCUAAUGAAUCCUCGCUUCAAACCGCUGCCUCCGGAGAGGGACGAGGAGUGGCAUGAACUCAUCAGGUGCGGAGGUGGUGGGGAGGUGCCAGACACGCCUUUGCAGCAAGCGGCGCGCUACCAGACAGAGAACCCCAACUCCCCGGAGCCUGCGGCCCGGUCGCCCCGAAUCUUUACGCGAUUCGUUCGACCCAUCCAGGCUUGGAAGAGCACUGUGUCGCCAAGCCUGAUGUGCGGUGCCCAGAAAGAGCUGAGGUUGCGCCACUUGCGCUCGCGCUUGAUGCUGGUGCAUGGCUUGGAGCUCUUGAAAGUGCUGGCUGCCGUGGUGCUCUUCAGCAUCGCCGUCGCAGGAGGACUAUUGCCUUUGUACCUGCACCGCAGCGACAGCGAUGAGGAGAGCCUCAGAACUUGCAAUGCCAUGGCGGGUGGGGUACUUUUGUCUGCAGCGCUGGUUCACAUGCUGCCCGAUGCGCAGAAGGCCCUCGGAGCUGUAUCCGUGGAUUUUCACAAAGUUUUCAAUCCGGAGACAGAGGAGGCCUUCCCACUCUCGUCCGUUUUGGCGGGCUUGGCCUUCCUUGGUUUGAUGAUCAUGGAGGCGCAGGUGCAGCGCAGGGCCGAGGAGGAGGUACAAGCGCACUGCAGCGUGAAUUGCCUGGACAGCCCUUGCUUAGAGGGCCAAUGCUUGCAUAGCCACGGAGUGGACAGCCCCACCAGCGCGAGGGCGCUGAAGGUUGCUCGGACAAAGUCCCUGCUGAGAUCAGGCACCGCGCACAAGGAAUUCACUCGCAUGCACGAGCGAGCAAAUACUGAGAAGCUGGUUGCCUCCGUGACAGACGUGGCGCCUGACUGCAUCUCAGCCCGCGUGCUGGUGUGUGCACUGGCGGUCCACUCCCUACUGGAGGGCAUCAGCAUUGGAGUCCUGAAUCAUACCUCCACCUUCCUCAGCAUCUUCAUAGCUGUCGCUGCCCACAAAGGCCUUGCAGCCUUUGCCAUGGGCGCCAGACUGGUGCAGUGCGCAGACAGGAAGGAGCUCUGGCAAAGUGUGCUCCUCUUCGGAUCCUGCACUCCCGUAGGAAUUGUGCUGGGCUCCUUCUUCCUGAGCAACGCUCAAGGGGCAGGUGUGGGUUGCCUCCUCUCUUUGGCAACUGGAACGUUUCUCUAUAUCUCCGUGCCGGAGCUGCUGCUGCCGGCGGUGGAGGCCUCCGAUCACUCCAGGAUGGUCAUUAUGGCCUCAAUCCUGGGCUUCCUGGCCAUGCGGCUCGGCGUUGUCAUCACGUCCAGCAUGGACUACCUCAUCCGGACCUGGGAUGUGAAGAAAGGCUUCAAGAUGCACCAGGAGUUCACGGGGCACCUGAACUUUGUGAACCAAGUGCUGCCGUACCGCGGGGACAAGAUCCUCAGCUGCAGCGACGACUACACCUGCCGGCUUUGGCAGAUUGGAGAGGCGGGCACCGAGGGGGAGCUGCUUUUCACGUAUUGGAUCAACAUGUAUCCGAUGAAAGCCGUUUGUGCUUUGCCUGGGCAACGUGCUGGUGUUGGCGGUUUGGAUAAGACGGUCAGGAUCUUCAGCCUCGUGACGGGGUGCACCCUCUUCAGGAUGACGGACCACCGGGACUUCGGGCCUGACAGGAACUUCUUCCAGAAGGAAGGAUGUGGCAUCAUUUGGUGCAUGCUGCACUUGAGGAAUAACAUCAUAGCUUCGGGCUCGGACGACUGCACAGUGCGGCUCUGGGACAUCGACCAGGGUAAGUGCUUGUGUACCCAGAUCGGCCACAAGGGCUAUGGCGAGGAUAUCGGCGAGCCUGGCUUGGGCUGGAAGCUUGCGGAACGGUUUGCCACUGUCAUCCGCAUGUGCCAUUUGGGAAAGGAUGGCCAGCAGUUUGCCAGCUGCUCCUACGACAGGACUAUCACCAUUUGGGAUGCCACAACACCCACAGAUCUACAGGUGCUGAGGAACUUCAAAGCACAUGGGAACGGUAUCGUUGGCUUGGGCAUCGCGGGGAAGCAGCAUUUAGUGAGCUGCUCCGGUGACAAGACUGUGAAAGUCUGGAACUUUGAAACCGGCGAGUUGGAAAGGGAGAUCCCCACUCGCGGUAUUGCAAGUGAUGCUUGCAUGAUCGACGACGGCACGAUCUUUAUUGCAGGGGGGGAUGCAACUAUUCGCAUCUACAACUGGAGGGAGGACAAGGAAGUGAAGCAGUUCUACGCACAUGACCUGACGCUACAGUUUUGUGCCCCUGUCUUCCUUGCGCAGAAAGACCCUCGGAACUGGACGGAGGUGCCAAUCAUGUACCAAAAUAUCACCUACCCUGAGAAUGAAGCAGACAGCAAAUGUGCGCUGGAGCAGAUGAGGAAAAUCCUGUACAAUGCGCUGAACUAUGCCGAGAUCAGCUGA